AUGAGACUUUGCGCUAUAGAGAGAAAGUUUGAAAGGAAUACUAGUGCACCAAAAGAUGAUAAUAUAGAUAGAUUUAAUGAGAUUGUUGUAGGUUUGGCUAACAUAAAUCACAAGAUUGAUGAAGAAAGUCAGGCCAUCAUUUUAUUGAGACCACUCCCAAUCGCAUAUCAAGAAGUUAAGGCAGCCAUCAAGUAUAUCAGAGAUGUGAUUGCAUUGGAAGAGGUUCUUGCCGUACUUAAGUUGAAAGAUUUCGAAUUGCAAUUGGAAAAAAAAAUCCAAGAAAGAAGAAGUGUACUUGGCAAGAGGAAGAUCUCCCAAGAAAGGAAGUUCGAAGGAUUUUGCAAGGAGUACAGGGAACAACAAGGCUUCAACAAAUCUCAUAAUGGAGAUAGGAAGGAUAAGCAACAUCACCACAGGACGGAUUCAGUUGCAGCCGCAAAAGAUGGUGACGACUGCUCCACAGAUGGAGAAUUGUCCUCCAUCUCAAAAUCUUCAAUGAAUAGAGAGUGGAUCCUUAAUUCUAGAUGCACUUAUCACAUGUGUCCAAGUCGAGAAUCAUUUUUCGAUUAUAGAUCAAUUGAUGGAGGAAAGUUCUAA